CUAUAGAUAUUAAACAAGGAACCAUAAUUUCAAUCCAAAUGAUUCUUUCUGUCACGUCAAUAAGAAAAUGCAGGUGCUAUUAUUUUAUGCAUAGAAAUAAAAAAUUAUUAAUAAUAUAAAUAUAGUAACAAUCUCACUCAAACAAAAGCCUUAUACAAUUAGAGACAGAAAUGACCAUCCUCGUCUCCGAGAAACUGGAGGACGCCAGAUUGGAUCUCCUUCGCGGAUUCGGCAACGUGGACUGUUCGUACGGCCUCUCCCCUGAGGAUCUGUGCCGGAAGAUCUCGUCCUGCGUCGCGCUGAUCGUGCGGAGCGGGACCAAGGUCACGCAGGAGGUUUUCGAGGCGGCGAAGGAGAGGCUGAAGGUCGUCGGCAGGGCCGGCGUCGGGAUUGACAACGUAGAUCUCCAGGCCGCCAGCGAGUUCGGCUGACUGGUGGUGAAUACUCCCACCGCCAACACCGUCGCCGCCGCGGAGAACGGGAUCGCGCUUCUCGCCGCCAUGGCGCGGAACGUCGCUCCGGACGCCUCCGUCAAAUCUGAUCGAUUCUGGAAGGAGGAACUGCAUUACUUUUUCUCUCGCCAUCGUGCGCUCGAGCAGUUUGCUGCCUACGCCUUCGUGUGUCGCUGACCGUGCCUUUCCCUCUAUCAAUCUAAUUCUUUUUCAGUGGGUUCUGCCUUUUUGUAGGGUUUCAAAAGAGUUGUGAUCUCGAUUCCUACAACGAGUAGUUCCGGCUGACGGCGAGUCCUUUCGGCGGCAACAAGAAUUUGGGGCGGCGGUUCCCUCUCUGUUGCAGUUACAUUUUCACGAUUCUAUUUGUGGUCAGGCACGUUUCCCACCUCCCAAUUGUUUUUACUUAUUCUUCUAUUUACUUGUUUUAAUUUUAAUCUCUUCUUUUUAAAAUAUUUAUUCACCGAGUACAAUUGAGAGAUACAAUUGAUUGGUGCUUAAUUCGAGGCAUUUCCUCUUUGUUUCAGUGGUGAUUCGCAAAUGGUGAUCCGGCGAGUAACGGAGAAUGUCAUAGAGCAUGAUUGGGAUGGAGCAAUCCUUGAGGAGGUUUGGCUGCUGAAGGCUUCGUCACGCUUAUUUGUUUUGUUUUCUCUCCUCGUAGAACUAACAGGGCUGCCCAUUGCGUGACGAAAAUGGCUCUUGCAUCGGUUAAUCAGCGUUUGGCUGAUUUCCGCUAUUUAUUUUUCACUUCUUUGUAAUUCCCUAUCUAUUAAAUAUCUACCUUAGUUAAAAAAAAAAAAGCCUUAUACAAUUGUACCGUCAUAGUGAAGGCUCUCCUCUAAUCAACCUUCUCCACUAAUGCAAUAUAAUGCUCAAUGACUA